CACGGGGACGACGUGUAGGCGACGGUCCGCAAAGUUCUGUGUGGAACCAUCGCAGUAAGCCCCGCCCACUGACCGCUGCUGUUUGUUCUGUAGGAAAAAACACAGACAAACAGACAAGAGUCCAUUUUACAGCGCAGAGAGUAAAAAGGAGGCAGGUUGACCUGAAUGAAUCACUCGGGCUGAAUAUUUAUCGUUCUUUUAUUAAUACUUAGAUCUGCUUAACUUGGAGGAAACUGCAGAAACAGGAUAUUUAAGGAUCUAAAGUAAUUUUGUUAUUGAGUUUAUCAGUGAGGACCAACUCUGAGCAGGUAGGCCUCAUAUUAAAGCUUCUGACCAAAUUUCACAUCUUUAACUUCUUUAUUCCACAAAAACUAGCGUGAAGCAGAUAAAAGUGAUAAAUCAUCAUUAAUUAACAAAAGAUAAUCAGUUGCUUACAUUUUUUAAGCAGCAUUUGCAUUGAACAUAUAAAUAACGUUAACAGAGAGAAAUGGGACAAUAAAUGUGGUUUGGAGAGAACAGAGAAAACAGCUGUUUUAGCCCCUCUCCUUCAAGCCAGCAAAUCAAAUGCCAACAACAGUUAGCUCACGGGUGAGUAAACAGAAAACCCCAACAAUCACACGAUCCGUAUGAGAAAGCGCUUUGGCAUCAGUGGGAACCAGACUCGGGGAGGUCCAGUCAUCUGCCAGAGUGUGAUAUAAAUCACAGACUGGAAAAACACGUUUAAUAAUAAAAAUGUAGACAACCAAAAACUACACAGACAAUAAAAGCAAUAAAAGAAUGUAACAGGAAUGGAAUCCAUGAACGUCACAGUAAACAGUGAAAGUGUCGGUGCAGCUUCGGCUAAGUUGACCAUGACAUAAAAAAAUCAACCAAAGGGUUGAAAAAACGUUAAAGAAUCGUUCAGGUGAUCACGAGUCAUGUGACAUUUGUGUGUGCAGGUUUUCUAAUGGCUCCUGGAGAAGAAGAAGGUUCCAGCGAGCAUCAUGCAGUCUGGUGCUGAUUGACUGAACGACCUGCUGUGAGCCUGCUGAUGGCGCUCUGGGCUGCCUUGCUGUGGAAGUGCUGGAUCCACUUGACUCUGCUGCUCAUCCAGGUUUCUUUACCUGAAGUUACAGCUUCCUGUCAUAUCCUGAGGUGUAACUCGGAUUUUGUGGCUGCAACGCUGGACCUGGGCAGCAGCAGUAGUGGCAGCGGCGGUGGGGCAGCAGGAGGAGGAGCAGCAGCUGUCAGCAGGCAGGCGGCGAACGCCGGUUACUGCAGCGCCCUGCGCUCGUACGCCAUGUGCACCAAGAGGCUGUCGCGAGCGUGUCGUGGUGACCUCGCUUACCACUCUGCGGUCCAAGGAAUCGAAGAUCUGCUCAUCCAGCAUCGCUGCCCCCGGGUCGGGCCCACGGCACAGCCCCGGGCCCCCCCUGCUGAAACGCUGUCGGGGGACACCUGCCUGUAUGAGAGGAGCUUCUUCAGCAGGGAGGGGCAGACACCCGAAUACCUUCACUGCAGCGUGUUCGGAGACCCGCACAUCAGAACUUUCAACAAUGACUUCCACACAUGUGCCAUUCCGGGGGCGUGGCCUCUCAUUGACAAUGAGUAUCUGUACGUACAAGCCACCAGCUCACCAGCCAGGGGAGGCAUGUACGCCACAGUUCUCACCAAGAUCACCAUCAUCUUCAAGAACUGGCGUCAGUGUAUCGACCAGCAGCUGUACCAGGCCGAACUGGAUAACGUCCCCGCCGCCUUCGCUGACGGCUCGAUGUGGAGCGGUGAGUGGCGAGGUCAUCGCAGCCUCACGGUUCGGUCUCUGAAUCCCGGCCGGCACGCCGAGAUCCGAGCGGUGCACGUCGGCACGGUCUUGGUGGUGCGUCAGAGCGGCCGCUCGCUCGGCCUCUCAGUCCUCUCGCCACGUGGCGUCGUUGAGGCGUUCAGGCCUGAGCAGGACCUCCAGCUGUGCGUGUGGGGCUGCCCCCCCUCCCAGAGACUCAACACGCUUCACCCACCACCAUCAGACCCUUUGAUGUCCACCGCCAUCAGCGCUGAGGACCACUGCGCGGCUCUGCUUCCAGCUCGAGACGUCUACUAUCAGGCCUGCGUGUUCGACCUGAUCGCCAGCGGAGACCUGAACUCCAGCAUGGCCGCUGUCAGUGCACUGCAGGAUGCCCAAACCAUGAUCCCAGACAGGGAGGGGGUUCACCUGCUGCUGGUUGGAUCUGCAGGGCACACACGACCUCACCUCACGCUGCUGCUGCUGCUUAGCAUUUUGGGAACUCUUAGCAGGCCCUGAGAAACAGGAAGUGACCUCAGACUGUGAAGCUGAAGGAAAUGUUUGGAAAAUUUCCCAAACACAGCACCUGGAAGAGGACCUAAAUGUGAUGUCCCAGACGCUGACAUCACUGCUGACACCUGAAGCUGGUUUCAUGGUCCCACAGAGGAAGCUCCCGUGCGGGCGUGGCCCGUCUGCCUGUCUUUGUGCUGUUGUUGGUCCGUUAGCUAGCCACGGAGAAAAGUCAAGCUCUAAAACACGAAGAGCUGAAUUGAAACUGAGACAAGUGUCACUGCAGCCUGUUUGUUUCGCUCUUUGAACUUUAUGCUACGGUUCUCCCGUUAAACUCUUUUUUCACUCCCUCUUGUAUCCAGACCAGUCGACAUUAGGCAGUUACUCACAUCAUGUAAUUUCAGCAUUGUGCUAUAUCUUGGAGGACUGCAUGGGAGUGUGUCUACCGUGGAUGAAAACCCCACAGAGACAUUUGUGGGACCAUAAAACCAGCAGAUGGCGUCCUGAUGAUGACAGUCUGGAUGGAACGGAGCCGCUUGGAAACUUUCCGGGGCCGCAGACUCUAAUCGGAGCCCCGAAUGUUUGUGGAUCACUGCAGCUGAUCCAGAACCUUAAAAAAAUCUGUGUGCAAAAGAAAAAAGAAAUUAAUUUAGCUGCUAAUUAACAAUCUGAUAAUAAAGAUUUCCUCGUGAAAUGUUGAA